UCUACGUCACAUCUCCCCCGUGCUGCCUCUACGGGUUGCUAUGACGACGUCGUUGCAGCUCGUCUGUAAUGGCAUUCAGAGUCUCUGCACUUGUGUUUGGGAAAACUCUGUGGACCGGAAAGACAGAUCACCACGAUAGUUAUCUGUGAAUGCUGCUUUCUGCUAUGGGAAUACUUAUACAAAUCCGUUUAAUGCGUUUAAUGGGACUACAGAUGUCUUCCUUUUGAUUUCACAAUGAAGCACAUGAGUUAACUACAUAAUGUCGACUUUAAAAGAAGUGGAUACCUCAUCUGUGAAUGGAUCAGACAAGGAGCUUUCAACACAGGGGGAGGCAGUGGGGGAGCAGACACCAGAAAGGAGACAUGCUGAUGCCCUUCUAGAUUUUAGUGAGGAGGUCUUCAUGAACGAACUGGAGCCCCAUGAGUAUCAUUGUUACUCUGGUUGGGAAGAAGCUGUUCAUGGUUGGGCCAGAGUUGCUCCACUGAGCUGCAUACUUUUGAAUCAGAAGAUAUACAAGAAACCGAAGCCUAAGGAGGCUGAGACCCUGUCCCCCUUGUAUGUUGAACCGACAAUCCCUAAAGCAGACAGCUCAGCCAGCAUUGCAGAGCAACACUGUGAGUCUGAAGAGGGCCUGCAUGACAGCUUUAAGAAGGCCAUGUCACUAAACCAGCCGACGGAAUACUGGAUUAACCCUGCUGCUGCAGCUCUGCAGAAAGACCCCUCAGAUUGGCCUGUCCCCAGUGCAAUGCAGGACCCCGUGUCUAAUUUAUUACACAAAGAGAAGACAGAAAAGGAAGGGAUGCUCAGAGAGACCCUGCAGCAUCACCAUCUACCCUCCAGAUACUCAGAGAACAGGCACACUAAGCCUCAAAGACACAGACAUAGGCCAAACAACAUGGUGGUUCCCAUUAAAAACUUCACAUUUUUACCACCAAUUAUAUCAAAACAUCAGAAUCCUCUAAAAGUCAUAGGCCAGCCCUGCAGUGGAAGGAAGGCUCCAGAAGGAGAAAUCCCGGAAGAAAACUUAACGAUGUUUGAUAAGAAAAGUGGAUCAAGAGUGGACCGUAUUGCUAACCCUGAGCUUCCUGCUAACUCUGCAGCACUGACCACCAAGUACCGGACAUGUCAGCAAAACCCCCACUUGUUCUCUUCUGUGAGUGUCUCUGUCCCCAGGAGGUAUCAAUUACCAGUGUAUUCCAAACCUGACACAGUGCACGGCACCAGCUACUCAAUGGGAAAGAGCCUCACUCAGGCCCUCCACCCUGGCACUGCAGGUGCACAACCCCUUUUGCACACCGGCAAGACUGUGUGCAUGUAAUGUGCAACUCAGGAUUAAUCAAGUAAAAACCUAUUUUAUCUAACGUGUAUCAUGUCUUAGCCUCACCACCACAUACAAUGUUAACAUCAACAUUUGGUAUGAGACAUACAACUCAUUGCAGAGAAUGUGGUACAACGGGUACAACAUACUAUCAAUACCGAUGACAGUCAAGUUAGCAUUCACGUUAGGCUGUUUAAUUGCUUUAGACCUUUAUUUUGUCAUGAACAAAUCCCACAAGUGCUCAUUAAGCUGUUCUAGUUACCUAGCAACUGUGUAACUACCUCAUAAGAAACAUGGCUGUGCGUGUGCUUCACACUUUCUACUAUUUAAACCUCCGCCACAUAGGUCAAAACUAGAUAUAAAGAUACAACCUGUUGCCAAACUGCAUGUGCUCUAUCAAAUGUAAUUGUAGACAACUUUAGUUUUAUAUCAGCCAGUGUGUUGGCUUCCUGGUAAUUGUGGAUGGAAUCUGGGUUAUGUAAGGGUUAUCAGUGCUGCACUAUAUGCUGGGAUCAUACUGUACUGUGUCAUGUUGGUCUCCAAAGGACAGCCAAUUACUGCCACAUGAUUUACAACUGGGAUGAUCCUGUGUUACUUUGUUUUUUUUACUACCUCUUUGUAUAGCUGCCCUGUUAAAUAAAAAAGUAUCCACGAUCCGCUUGUGGUAUUGUUAUAUAAACAAAAGACCAGCGGUGUAACUUACUAGACCACACUCUUGUCUUACCUGAAUGUGCAUGCAAAAUAAAAUGGUUACUCCAAACAUUUGUAAGGAGUUGCGAUAUCCAGCACAAGCCAGGACUCAAGAGUCACGGAGAAAAGAUGAAAGACAUUACAUUCAGGGAAACUUAUAAAAUGUUUCUUUUUUUUUUCACUUAAAAAAAGGAGAA